GCCGCGGGGAGCGCGUGACCGGCGUCCGGGUCACGUGACGCGGCCGAGCGGGCCUCCAAGAUGGCGGUGUGCGUGGCGGUGAUCGCCAAGGAGAAUUACCCUCUUUACAUCCGCAGCGUUCCCAUAGAGAAUGAGCUGAAGUUCCACUACAUGGUGCACACGUCCCUGGACGUGGUGGACGAGAAGAUCUCAGCCAUGGCCAAGGCCUUGGUGGACCAGAGGGAGCUCUACCUCGGCCUGCUGUACCCCACGGAGGACUACAAGGUCUACGGCUACGUGACCAACUCCAAGGUGAAGUUCGUCAUGGUGGUGGACUCCUCCAACACGGCGCUUCGAGACAAUGAGAUCCGCAGUAUGUUCCGGAAGCUGCACAAUUCGUAUACUGAUGUGAUGUGCAACCCUUUCUACAACCCAGGGGACCGCAUUCAGUCCAGGGCCUUCGACAGCAUGGUGACGUCUAUGAUGAUACAAGUGUGUUGAGCGAGAACUCGGUGGCUAUUGCCUGGACACCAGCGCUGUGUAUAUAAGCUAUUGUCUGGAUGGGUAUUUAUUACCUUGUGCCUGUUCCUGAGUGUCCCCGCUGCCGGGGGCAAGGCCUUGGGCACGGGGCGUGGAGACUAAAGGUCUUCUGAGAUCACA